CCCCCCCCUUUUUGUUCUCCAUCCAAAUCCCAUUCUUGAUACACUUAGAUUCUCUUAUCAUCUUUGAUCACAGCUUUUGCGUCUUUGCCAAGAAAAAUAUGGUUCCACAUACAGUUGAUUUGUUGGAGGAGCAGAUACCGGUGCACCAGAAGUCUCUUCUUGUCUCCGGCGACGUCAACACCGGCCUUGUCCUCGUCGACGUCGUUAACGGCUUCUGCACCGUCGGCGCCGGCAACAUGGCUCCAAGUCAACCGGACAAGCAAAUCUCACAAAUGGUGGAGGAGUCGGUGAGAGUUGCUGGAGCUUUCUGUGAGAAGAAGUGGCCUGUUUUGGCUUUUCUUGAUUCUCAUCACCCUGAUAUUCCAGAGCAUCCUUAUCCUCCUCAUUGCAUUGCUGGGACUGAUGAAUCAAAGCUUGUUCCAGAUCUUCAAUGGUUAGAGAAUGAAGCAAAUGUGACGCUGAAAUGUAAAGACUGCAUUGAUGGGUUUGUUGGUUCGAUUGAGGAAGACGGCUCUAAUGUGUUUGUAAAUUGGGUUAAGAGCAAUCAGAUCAAAACUAUCUUGGUGCUAGGGAUAUGCACAGAUAUAUGUGUUCUGGAUUUUGUCUGUACCACUUUAUCUGCGAGAAAUCGUCGUCUUCUUGAACCUCUGGAGGAUGUGGUAGUGUAUUCCCGUGGUUGUGCCACUUUUGAUCUUCCAGUUGAUGUGGCCAAAUCUAUGAAAGAUGUUGUAGCACACCCCCAGGACCUAAUGCAUCACAUAGGCCUUUACAUAGCCAAAGGAAGGGGAGCGAAGGUUGUGUCAGAAGUGUCAUUUGGUGCAUAAGAGCGAUAAUUUGACCUAUCUGUGGAUUGGCAUGAGGGGAUUCUUUUAUCAAUGUGUGAAGAGAUGUUUUCUAUUCUUCAAUUAUCGUAGUUAGAAAGGUCAAAUGUUGGGGAAUGAAGAAAGUAAACAGGUGGUUCAUAAAGCUCUUUGAGGAUGUAUAUAAAAGUCUUUCAAUCAAACUCUGCCACAUUAUGUCAUUCAUGUUUUUGUAUACUGGUAGCCUGGAACUACAAGUUUUUCUGAGUUGCAGGAUUAUCAAGUGGUUUAUAAGAUGUUAGCCCACGGCAUGCAAGAAAACUCUCAGCUAAGUUC